AUGCUCCAACCAAAACCCUUCGCUUCCACCAGAUGGCUGGCCAUUUCCCUCUUAUUCACCCUUCUCUCAAUACAAAGCACAAAAGCCGAAGAAGAAACGGUCUGGGUAACAGUACUGGCAACGGAAACAGCACACACAACCCCAACAGCACCAACACCCGCAUCAUAUACCUCCUUCAGCAAAUUCAAGGAUGCGGUGCUAGAAAUGUCAAAUGAAUAUCGUGCCUCUCACGACGCAGAACCACUCAAGUGGAAUGAUACUCUAGCUGAGUAUUCAAAGAAUUGGGCAGAUGCUUGUGUAUGGAAGCAUUCGGACGGUCCGUAUGGCGAGAAUCUAGCCUACGGCUAUGGAAAUGCCUCGGCAGCCGUCAUCGCCUGGGGCGACGAAGGCGCCAUGUACAACUUCGGUAAACCAACCGGGUUUACAGAGGAGACAGGACAUUUCACACAGCUUGUUUGGAAGGCAACGACGCAGGUUGGGUGUGCGGCUGUGAACUGUGGGUAUACGCAUGACAAUGACAAGCGGGUCGUUGAUGUUGAUGUUGAUGUCGACGGUAAUGUCAGCAAUGGAAUUGGAAACGAGACUGGAGAGUCGGAUGAGCAUGGCUUGGCUAGCAUGAAUGUUAUUGCUCGUGGGGAUGAAAAGGGAAGCCCGCGCGCUCAGGGGUGGUAUGUUGUUUGCGAGUAUACGCCUGCUGGAAAUGUGGUUGGGGAGCAUGAUUCUUAUUUCAAGAAAAAUGUUGUGCCUCAGGUGAGAGAUAUGGCGUCGGGAACCUCUACUUCUACAUCGUCUUCUUCCACGACGACUAGCGCCGGGGAGACGUCUCCAUCGGAGAAUGCGGCGACUUCUACUACUGGGGGUCAGAGCCAACCGAGUGGUGGAGCGAUUAGGUUUGGGCUUGACUCGAAGCUGGGGAUGAUGCUUGUUGCUUUGGGAACGGUGGGGAUUGGCAUGGGGCUUUAUACAUGA